UUGCUAUCCAUUUGACAGAACGGUGAAAAAAAUCCUCAAGAGAAGUCCUACAACACAGUCAAAGAUGCAAGUGCACAGUUCACAGUUGCGUGUUCAUAGUUCCGCGAAACAAUGUGUAAUCAACUAAAAGUCAGUAAUUCGAGAAAGAAAAUGUAAAGCUUAGCAAAAUAGGUGUUCUUAAUAGCGUAUGCAGUGCAUUCUUUGGUCGUGCGUUGUGCAGGUCAAUCAUGAUUCAUCGAUACUUGCAAGCCAGUCCGCAGUGUUGUUGUGAUUGAAAACGGUGCAUUUUCAGGGCUUUCCUAUUCGCACCAUCGGUGAUAAAGAAGUUACGAUAUGUACUAACACUCAGUAGCAAGGAAGGAACAGAAUUAAGCGUGCGUGUGUACGCACAAUAGAACUGAAAGAACACUUGCCACCAUUUGUUAGAUGCUCAUGGUACCAUGUUUUGUUGCAGCAGUAGGUGGCGGUGUAUGUGUGUGGGUUGAUCCUUUGAAGCAUACUUGUUGUCAGUGGACGAAACGUCCUUUUUCGUAAGCAAAUACUUCUACUAUUGAUACGUAGGUGGCGACGACGUACUUUGUCGAUGAGUGAAAGCUUGGAAGAUAGUCCUCUAUCGGACAAUAGGAUGGACAUAUCGGAGAACACGACCUCGCACGGAUCUUCGCCUCCACUGCAGGUGGAAGGGUCUCCGGAUUAUUCGCCCGUUCACGAUUCGGAUGGCAUAACGGUGAAGCAACCGCUGUUUGCCCUGUGCCAAUCUGACUCCGAGCUCGGUAACGGCGUGGAACCGCACAACGAUGCUAACGCAACGACUGGCGCCACGACGGAAUCGAUAGAGAUUCAUAAAGUGUCUGCUAGUAAAUCGCCUUCAAUCGUGUCAUCACGGAUAACAUCAUCGACCGGGCUGACACCCGUCAGCAACCAUCCGCUGAUGAUGUCACCGACGGGAAGCGAGUCAGAUAUGUCGGAGUUUAUAGUCGAGACGCAGCAGCCAGCAGGGUGCCGGAAGGCGACCGUGCGUAACUACUAUCACUAUCCGGACGUCGUACCGGUCAGCGAGCAGCCGCUACGCUUAGCCAGCCCGUACGCAAAUCGUCGUAGCGUGGAGAAAAAAGAGAACGGAUCGAUAGUAGCCGAUGAGAAGCGUUCUCACGUAGCCAUGGUGACGCCAGCAAGGCGCGCUAAGUGCUCACCAUCGAAACGGUUGCCAGCAGUUGGGGAUGGUACGAAAGCUAAAUCCACCACAGCAGCGGCCACUUCGACGCUUGAUGUUAUCAACAAUGUCAUCCAUAGGGGUGCCGAAAGUGACCCGAACAGUGUUUCUCCCGUACGCCAGCGAGGUACCGAGGAGAUGGGUUCCGAUUUUUUCAGCACCGAUUCGGAGGUGGAGGAACCAUACGAUGAGGAAGAUGUAUCGUUAUUUCAAGCCUCCGUUACGCCGACGUUUCAAUCGGUAGCACUGCACGCUUCACCACCUCAAUCGGACGUUCCAUCGCCGACCGGUGCACAGCAAAGGCAACACAAGCAACAUUCUAAAUCGAUCUCACCACGUUUGCACCAGCGCCGUAAAGUUCCACUGCCGAGCGAUCUGCUAGUUGAUGACGUUAGUUCGAUGGAAGAUACACUCUCGAAUCAGAGCGUGGAUGAGCUACAGCAGAACCUCGUCUCGCUCAGUCCAUCGUCCUCCAUAUUGGAUGAUAAUGGGUUUAACGUGGAUAUUGAUGAAGACUUUCUCGAUCUGCCCGGUACGCCCAAGGCAACCGCUUUGUCUGCCGAUCCGGAUGUGCACGAUGUGGCGCCUGGGCGCUCCACGGUUUUGCCUCAGUAUUCAGCCCGAGAAGAAGCUCGCGAUAUACGGAACUGGCAGAAGAUUACGUUACCGGAUGGGAAAACGCGCGAGAUAGACAUGAAGGUGAUCGAACCGUAUAAGUGUGUGCUAUCGCAUGGAGGCUAUCUGCAGGCGGGUGGACAUAAUGCGAUCGUAGUGUUUAGUGCGUGCCAUUUGCCCGAUCGUUCCCGAGCGGAUUACCAUUACGUGAUGAACAAUCUGUUUCUGUACGUGGUAAAAACGCUCGAACAGCUGGUGACGGAGGACUACGUGUUGGUUUAUCUACAUGGUGGUUCAAGUCGGGGCAAUGUUCCUCCAUUUCCAUGGUUGAAAAAGUGUUACCAGUUGCUUGAUCGUCGGCUGAGAAAAAGCCUUCGUAAUCUAUACAUGGUGCAUCCGACGUUUUGGCUAAAGAGUGUUGUAUGGAUGGCACGACCAUUUAUUAGUUCGAAAUUUUGGCGUAAACUCGUGUACGUAACUUCGCUGGAAGAGUUGUAUAAGCUGGUACCGGUAGAAAAGGCCGCUGUACCAGACAAGGUGAAAAACUACAACGCACGGUAAAAUAAUACGUUAUGUGUUACUGGUUUUUGGAGAAAGAUGGUAUGUUUCCCUUCAUUUUCCUAUGUCUGUUUGUUUGUUGGUUUUGGUGUUCUCUCUUCGAGGACGAGUCUAUUGUGUAUUUGUUCCGUAAAAGGAAAAAAGCAAAGAAAGAUCUCUCUUUUGUUUCUUGAAUAUAUUAAAUAUUGGGAAAACGUAAAUUAAUGCAAAACCCCUUCGUGCCGUCUUCUAUGACUACGCACUAAAUCGACGAAACAAGCAAUGAUAUCUUUAAGAUGUAGUUGGAAUCAACACAUAUGGUCCAGAUGUAGCAAAAUAGGGCGAAAUCUGCGUAGAACGUAGUGCACUGGUAGUUAUGAAAAAGCACUUUUCAUCUCAGUCCGCGGGCCGCUAGUGCCCAUGGGCGUCACUAUCAAUCAAACGAACGUAGAAUAAAAUUCGAUCAAUGGGUACAGUUUGGUGUUCGAUCGUACCGUUGUCCGUUGUGCGUAGACAAAUGAUACCGAAACGAGAGAAACAUUGUUUCUCACGCGUUUCUAUAACGCUAUGGUUCCAGGAACUCUGCGUGCGGGUUGUUAGUAAAUCCUGAAGAUAUAGAAGGAGAGUAUUAUUAUCGUGAAUAGUUAUGUGAGUGCAUAUCGAACUGCCUAAAGAAUGGGAUACAGAUAUCUGAUCUCGGCUAGCGUGUAGUGAAUGGCUUGUUGGAUGUUAGAUUGUGCAAGUCCUAAGAAACAAACGAUUCUAUGACGAUUUCUCUUUGGUUUUUAAACCGAAAAAAGACGAGUUUCUUUUCGCAAAGCGUCUUUAUUGUUUCUGGUAUUAUUCUACUGAUUUCAUUGUGUUUCGAACGAUUGACACAACAAAAUUCCGUCAUAAAAACUCGCAUAUACAAGGAAUACAAAAAAGACAUUACCAAAAAACUGUUAGUUCCCGUACGGGAUGGAACUGCCUGAUCGUUAGUGAGGUAAGAGAAACUAUCUUGAAGUCCACAAAAGCUCUAGUUGCCGUGGCGUAGCCUAAAUGAGCUGAGCGUGUAUGGAGAAAGAGGGUAUCGAUAAUAACCUAUUAUUUUGUAAGCAAACACAACAUUAAGCAAUGCAAAAACAAUAAUUAUAAAUGGCCGGAAAGCAAGGACCCCGCAAUGGGUCCGGCAAACAUUAGUUAAUCAUCAACUGUUGGCACUGUUGUAAACACAUGCGUUGCAUGUACCUAGUUUAGUACUGAAAAGAUUCCCACAACUCUCAGUAAUGAUUUCAUUGGUAAUGUUUUUGAUGAUAGAAUUGCAACUGAAAAGGUGCGGUUAAUAUGUCGAGAAGGAGAAAAAAACGGUUUUGACAAGAAAUAUCAUACAUUAUGGAAACGAACUGCAUUGCUGUAAAGCAAGGGAAAACUAUGUGUCGUUGAAUAAAAUUGUUGAAAAUGACCAAUAUUUAGACAGUUAGGAAAAAGAGGGAGAGAAAAAAAAACAUUCUUAUUUGGACAAAAUUGUUCAACUGUUUCGCAUAGCAGAGUUCUCUUCGUAAUCCAGAAAAAAAAUGUCCAGUACAAAACAUAAAAUUGACUGCUAUUUUAGUCCAUUAGGCAAAACUAAUCGAUAUGAAAAUCCUAAAGCAGAGUGCGCUCUUUGUUUGUAUGAGCACGCAGAAGGUUUGAGUUAGUUCAAUGGGUUAGGGAUUGGGUUAAGUGUGAGCAAGAAGCAUUUAUAUAUUCUAAAUGUUCGUAUAUUGUGAGUAGUAGUGAAACAUGUGAAAAACAGAAUGAUGUGUUGUAAGCAAACAUGAUGUUAGGAGGUAACUUUAUUACGAUCUAAUGGACCUAUAUUCGUAAACGAUGUGUUUUCCAUUACAUAUUUCAAUUAUUUUUUUAAUGCACUUAUUCUAACUUACUGUUCCGUGCAAUAUUACUUGGUCGCUCUAAUGCAUACAAGAUGGUGCUAUUGAGCUCUGAUAUGCUUUUGACUCAUGCCAGUAAGUCGUCUGAUUCAUUUUUACCUUUUUAUUCUCUUCAAAUUAAGCUAAAGUUGAUUACUUAUUAAUAUGUCUGAAACUUAGAUUUGUGUAGGCAACGAUUGAUAUUUGAGUUUAGUGAAAUUUAACAAAAGCCACCGAUCAAAGUUCACCUCCUAAUACGUGCUACGAUCUCAAUGGGAGCAAGACUAUGUAUCGAAUCGUGAAAAUAAACCUCCAUAAUUGUAGUGUUCACGCA